AUGCCCUCAACUGAAUGUGAAUGUGAAGAGGGUGUCCUGUCCUCUGUUACUGUCCUUUCAUGGGCUUACCAAUGCCUUGGAGUGGUAUAUGAAGAUAUCAGCACCUCCCCUCUCUAUGUUUACAAGACCACCUUCUCUGGGAAGCUGAGCCUCCACGAGAAUGAUGAGGAGAUUUUUGGGGUUCUCUCAUUUAUUUUCUGGACAUUGACUCUCACUGCUCUCUUCAAAUACGUUUUCAUCGUAAUGUCUGCUGAUGACAAUGGAGAAGGUGGAACAUUUGCAUUAUACUCCCUUCUCUGCAGGCAUGCUAGGCUGAGCAUUCUACCCAACCAACAAGAUGCAGAUGAGAAGCUUUCAUCCUAUGCCAGAGAAGAAUCGACUGAUUCUCAUAGCUCUGCUCUGAAGUCUUAUAUUGAGAGGCACCCUAAGUUUCAAACGGCGCUCUUGAUCUUUGUUCUUGUUGGUACUUGUAUGGCAAUUGGGGACGGUGUUCUGACACCUGCAAUAUCAGUUCUCUCAGCAGUUUCAGGAGUCGAACUCAAGAUACCAGAACUUCAUAAUAAUUAUGUUGUGAUGAUCUCGUGUGUCACCUUGGUGGGACUCUUCUCCCUUCAACCAUGGUGGCUCCUCUGCAUAUGUGGAAUCGGCGUCUACAAUACUUUUCGAUGGAAUCGACAGAUUUUCCAUGCGCUUUCUCCAGUUUACAUGUUGAAGUUCCUCCGUAGGACUGGCACUGAAGGGUGGGUCUCACUUGGAGGGGUGGUCCUUUCUAUUACAGGAGUGGAGACUAUGUUUGCCGAUAUGGGCCAUUUCUCUCCUCUCUCGAUUAAGUUAGCAUUCACGUUCCUCAUGUAUCCAUUGAUUCUCACAUACAUGGGGGAGGCGGCAUUUCUCUCUAAGCAUCACGAAGAUAUUCAGAGGAGCUUUUAUAAAGCCAUACCAGAGCCUGUAUUCUGGCCAGUUUUUGUUGUGGGGAGUCAGGCUGUGAUUUCGGCAACAUUCUCCAUCAUAAGCCAGUGCUGUGCAUUGAACUGUUUCCCCCCGUCCACGAAGAUAUAUGGGCAGAUUUACAUUGUCGAGAUCAACUGGAUGCUAAUGGGCCUUUGUCUUGCUGUGACCAUUGGCUUGAGAGACACAAACAUGAUUGCCCACGCAUAUUGACUAGCAGUCACGACCGUCAUGUUUGUGAUGACUUGCUUAAUGGCAAUGUUGAUCUUAGUUGUGUGGAAGCAGAAACUGAUCAUUGCAAUCGCUUUCAUUGCGAUCUCCGGCUCAAUUGAGCUUCUGUACAUCUCAUCAUGCACGCUCAAAGUCCCAGAAGGUGGGUGGGUCCCCCUCGAGCUCUCCCUCCACUUUGUGGCCGUGAUGUUCGUGUGGAACUAUGGGACAAUGAAGAAGCAUGAGUUUGAUGUGGAGAACAAGGUCUCCCUCGACAGGAUCGUCUCCCUGGGCACGAGCCUGGGGAUGGUGCGGGUGCCGGGAAUUGAGCUGGCGUACACAAAUCUCGGGACAGGGGUCCCAGCUGUGUUCGGGCACUUUGUCACGAAUUUGCCUGCAUUUCACGAGGUGCUGGUUUUCGUCUGCGUGAAGUCUGUACAGGUCCCCUAUGUCAGCGAGGAGGAAUGGUUGCUGAUUAGUCUCGUGGGGCCGAAAGAGUGUGGGAUGUUUCGGUGUAUUGUGAGGUACGGUUACAAGAUUUUGCAGCAGGAGAACUAUAGCUUUGAGAAUCGGUUGGUCUCCGAAAUAGUACAGUUUGUGGAAACUGAAGUAGAAGAAGUAGAAGAGAGCACUUAUGAACAUGCAGCACCGUCAUCUGGGUCGGUUCUCAAGGAUGAGUCGGUCCAGAUACUGAAGGCGAAGCAGUCGGGGGUCGCUUAUAUCCUGGAAUCGUCUUCUGUCAUCAAGAAACUGGCGAUCAAUGUGGUCUAUGCAUUCCUGAGCAAGAACUGCAGGGAGGCCGAUGUGGUUCUGAACGUGGCCCAUAUGUCCCUGCUUGAAGUCGGGAUGAUUUACUGUGUCUAGCUCCCUACAAUAGCUCACUUUGUCAAAGCACCGAUGGGAUGUUGUGGAUGGCGUUGACGUAUAUGAUAAUAACACUAAAAAAAGUCUGUCAUGAUCCGCGGAAGCGGGAGAGGGAUGAGUAGUUGGAUAGGUCUUUCACAGAAACAAUUUAACACCAAAACCAGAGCUUUGUACAUUCUUGUGACGGAGAAAAAAGGAAGUUCGUGCACAU